AUGGCGGCGGCGGCGGCACACCUAUGGCUGGCGAAGAACGGUGGCCCUAUAUUAGAGAAGGCAAAUGUCAUUAAACUUUUCAAAAAGGAGGAGCUCAAGCCAAUUUUAAAGAAUAACAACUUAAUUGGAAAAGGUGGCUUUGGUGAAGUUUACAAGGGCCUUCUGGACAAUAAAUUAGUUGCAAUCAAGAAGCCAAUUAAUGGUACUGUGCUAGAGAAUGAACAAUUUGCUAAUGAAGUCACCAUCCAAUCUCAAGUCAUCCACAAGAAUAUUGUUAGGCUCAUUGAUUGUUGCCUGGAAGUUGAUGCCCCCAUGCUGGUCUACGAGUUUAUCUCCCAGGGUAGCCUCCACGACAUUCUUCACAACAACAACAACAAUAACAACAACAACACUAAGGAGGUUCUAAACUUGGAUGCACGUUUAAGUAUCAUUGUACAGUCAGCAGAUGGUCUAGAUUAUAUGCACUCAAAAGCAAAUAUUAGAAUUCUUCACGGUGAUGUCAAACCAACAAAUAUACUCUUGGAUGAUGACUUUGUACCCAAGAUUUCAGAAUUCAGCAUAUCUAGGUUGAUUGUGAGAGAUAAGGAACACACUGGGUCAGUCAUCGGCGACCUGAAUUAUAUGGAUCCAGUAUAUUUGCAAGAAGGCCUACUCAUCGAAAAAAGUGAUGUCUACAGUUUUGGAGUUGUGAUCCUAGAGGUUAUUAGCAGCAGGAGGGCCCUACAUUCUGAGAAUAACAGCUUGGUAAAGAGCUUUCUUGAAGCCCAUAAGAAACAGAGAAAAGCGACCGAGCUUUUCGACGGGGAAAUUGCAAUAAUAAAAGAUUUGGAGCUUCUUGACAGUCUAGCAUGUAUGGCCAUGGAAUGCCUUAGCCUUGAUGUGGAUCAACGACCAACGAUGAUGGAAGUAGCUGAACGACUACACAUACUGAGUCGGUCUCGUAAGGCGCAAGAUGUUUGUGAAUAA